GGAGGGCUUUAUGGAGCAGAAAAACGACAAAGCGAGAAAAAUUAUUUUCCACUCCAGAAAUUAAUGAUCAUGAGCUCCUAUUUGAUGGACUCUAACUACAUCGAUCCGAAAUUUCCUCCAUGCGAGGAAUAUUCGCAAAAUAGCUACAUCCCUGAGCAUAGUCCGGAAUAUUACGGCCGGACCAGGGAAUCAGGAUUUCAGCAUCACCAUCAAGAGCUGUACCCACCACCACCUCCACGGUCUAGCUAUCCCGAGCGCCAAUAUAGCUGUACCAGUCUCCAGGGACCGGGCAAUCCGAGAGGCCACGGGCCGGCUCAGGCGGGGCACCAUCACCCCGAGAAAUCGCAGCCGCUCUGCGAGCCAGCUCCUCUCUCCGGCUCCUCCAGUUCCCCCUCCCCAGCCCCGCCAGCCUGCAGCCAGCCAGCCCCAGACCAUCCCUCCAGCGCCGCAUCCAAGCAGCCCAUAGUGUAUCCAUGGAUGAAAAAAAUCCACGUUAGCACGGUGAACCCCAAUUAUAAUGGAGGGGAACCCAAGCGUUCGAGGACAGCCUACACCCGCCAGCAGGUCCUGGAAUUAGAAAAAGAGUUUCAUUACAACCGCUACCUGACCCGGAGGAGAAGGAUCGAGAUCGCCCACUCGCUGUGUCUCUCCGAGCGGCAGAUCAAAAUUUGGUUCCAAAACCGUCGGAUGAAAUGGAAGAAGGACCACCGACUCCCCAACACCAAAGUCAGAUCCGCCCCACCAGCCGGAGCGGCGCCCAGCGCCCUGCCCGCAACCACCCCUGGCCCUACUGAAGACCAUUCCCAAAGCUCAACACCACAGGAGCAGCGAGCAGAGGACAUUACCAGGUUAUAAAACAUAAAUCACACCCCCUCGCCCCCAUACCCACUCCCCCACCCCCACACACAAAUUGACUCUUAUUUAUAGAAUCUAAUAUAUAAAUAUAUAUAUUUUGGUUCUUCUCUUCCCCCACCUCUUGUCCUUUGCUUAUUCCAAACAGAAACAACAGAUACAUGGAAACAAGCCCCCUCCCCUCCCCUUCUCUCCCUUCCACUGUUAAGGACCCUUUUAAGCAUGUGAUGUUGUCUUAGCAUGGUACCUGCGGGGCUUUUUUUAGGCCGUUUGGGGGUUUUAUUUAUUUUUUAAGAAAAAAAAGCAGCAAAAAAAAAGAGAUAUAUAUUGCAAGGUGCGAUGGUCCAGUUCUGGUUAAUUUUCAGGGGGAAAGAGGGAAGAAAAAGGAAAGAGACAUUUUUAGGCCAAUUCUUCUGUUUCUUCUUUUUCUUUUUCCCCCCUUAGGCCUUUUGCAUUGAAAAAUGCAUCAGGGGAGGUGAGGGAGGGG